ACGGGAAUUCUCAUAACUCCUUCGGACGUCGUCGGGGACGCACGUUACGUCCCUAGAACCUCACAGGACUUUUACGAGUGUAGUAAACAACAAUGCCGUGCAGUGAAGAUGAUGAUUCCCAAACCGGGUUCAUGUCUGAACCAAGUCAAGGGAUGUCAAAAGCUGAACUUCGAAAGACCAAUAAGCCCAUAAUGGAGAAGAAGCGACGAGCGCGCAUCAACCACUGCCUCAAUGAAUUGAAAGAGCUGCUUACUGACUCCAUGGACAAAGAUCCAGCGCGCCACUCGAAGUUAGAAAAGGCAGACAUACUGGAGAUGACGGUGAAGCACCUGCAGCGGCUGCAGCGACAGCAGCUGGCCGCCGCCAUCGCCGCUGACCCUGCCGUGCUGCACCGCUUCAAGUCCGGCUUCGGCGACUGCGCGCUCGAGGUGCGCCGCUACCUGUCGCGCCUUGCCAGCGUGCCCACCGGCCUGCGCUACCGGCUCGGCGAUCACCUCAACUCCUGCCUUUCCGGCAUCGAGCGCCUCCACCCUGCAGACUACCCACCGCUCGUGCCCGACCCGCUCAGACUAGACGACGAAAGACCCAGCGCAUUCCAUUUCGUCAAAUCAACCAAGCCAACCAGUCCACCAUUGAGUCCAUUAUCUUGUGACUCCGCAUGCGACUCGUCAACCGAACUAGAAACGCCGCCGCGACCGGUACAGAAAUUUCCCUUCCCUACACCACCGAGCAGAUCAGCGUCCGAUCAGGACUCGAGUCCCGAACAGAAGCCGACCGUGUCCUCAACAACGAUAUCCCCGGAGAGUCUUCAGCAAGAAGGUUCGAGAACGAAAAAGUUUAUGGAGCCAUUAUCGAUCGUGAUAGACGUGGAGAACUACAAAAUCGGUAUAGACGCAUCUCCGAAACGAGCAGUAGACUAUUCUAUUCGACAGAAAUUAAAAAGACCGUCCGAAACGAUAGGACCGGUACCAAAAUUGAUUCGGUUGGAGCCAGAACGAAAAGUUCCUAGUCCUGAGAGAGCACAAGUCGAUAGAAUAGUUGUUUUAGAUAGACCUGAGAAAAUUUCCGCGUUUAGAAGAAUACCGACAGCUCACGAGAGGAAGUUAACGCUACCCGUCAGCAUACCGGCAGUAGUUGAAAGACCUUCCCUUGUUCUAAAUCCUGUGCAAAGAUCCGUGAUAAGCCAUACAGCGGAAUCCUUAGCCCAGUCGAGUACAUCCAGAGCUGUCAAACAGGAAACAAAAGAGACUUCUGAAUCUAGCAACCGUCCGAAAUCACCUGAACAAGGAUCGUCUAGUAGUACAGAAAUGUGGCGUCCCUGGUGACCAGAGAUAACUCUAGCAAUAGCAAAUUAUACAAGAGCUUAUGGAAAACUUUAUAAAGCGUGUUAUAGUAUAUUAAUGCAAACACAGAUCUUUAUCAUUUGA